CUUGGUUCAUAUAAGUCUACUCAAACCCUUCUCUAGCCGUCCUCCUUGCAGCAUCUGAGGAAGUACCCAAAAUGAGUAAGCUCCAGAGUGAAGCCGUGAGAGAGGCAAUAUCAGCCAUGAUCACUCACUGUAAGGAGACAAAGCCACGCAAGUUCACUGAGACCAUCGAACUCCAGAUUGGUCUUAAGAACUAUGACCCACAAAAGGACAAGCGUUUCAGCGGUUCUGUCAAGUUGCCUCACAUUCCUAGGCCUAAGAUGAAGAUUUGCAUGCUCGGUGAUGCCCAGCACGUUGAAGAGGCUGAGAAGAUUGGGUUGGAAUCUAUGGAUGUGGAAGCACUGAAGAAGUUGAACAAGAACAAGAAACUUGUUAAGAAGCUAGCAAAGAAGUUCCAUGCUUUCCUUGCUUCUGAAUCUGUCAUCAAACAGAUUCCUCGUCUUCUUGGUCCUGGUCUCAACAAGGCAGGAAAGUUCCCAACUCUUGUGAGUCACCAAGAGUCCUUGGAAGGCAAGGUGAAUGAGACCAAGGCAACAGUGAAGUUCCAACUUAAGAAGGUUCUUUGCAUGGGUGUCGCUGUUGGAAACCUUGACAUGGAAGAGAAGCAGAUCUUUCAGAAUGUUCAGAUGAGUGUUAACUUCCUUGUUUCACUCUUGAAGAAAAACUGGCAAAACGUGAGGUGUUUGUACUUGAAGAGUACAAUGGGUCCACCAAACCGUGUGUUCUAAGAUUGUUAUCUCAAAGUUUCUCUUAAGAUAUCAUCAAGGCUGAGAGUAGAUUUGAUUUUACAUUUCUGUCAUGAGCCUUCUUCUUGGAUUAAUUUCAGAAUCCUUAUUUGGUAGUAUCAAGAUUUUCUUGAAAGACAAUUUUGUUUCUAUU